CACUAGGCAGUGCUUGUGAAACCUGUCUAUGUUGCAGGCAGUAAGCUUGUCUUUCCGGGUCGCGGGCUCUGUGCUGGUGCAGCUGUUGUUACUGCUGAGCUUCUGGCUGACACAAAAAGAGAGAGAGAGAGAGAGAGAGGGAGAGAGAGAGAGAGAGGGAGCGAGGGAGCUGCAUACGGAAACAGAUAACAUGGAAUAAACUAAAAUCAGGAACACAUUGAUCAGACUGGGAUUCAAGUAUACAUCUACUCAGGUACGAGUGUGACGAGAAGCAUGUUGCUAAUUUGCACAUCAACCGGCUAAAGAGGGGUGGACAAGCACGUGCCAGCAGCACUGAUCGGAAGCUGAACUAUGGGGAACACUGCGACUAAGUUUCGCAAGGCACUUAUUAAUGGAGACGAGAUCCUGGCCUCUCAGCUCUACGAGAGCAACCCGCAGUUCAAGGAGUCCCUGGAUCCAAAUACCUCGUAUGGAGAACCCUAUCAACAUAACACUUCCCUGCACUAUGCUGCCCGGCAUGCCAUGAGCCAACUGCUCAGAUCGUUUCUCUUCAGCAAGGAUGGCAACCCCAACAAGCGCAACGUGCACAACGAGACCGCAAUGCACCUGCUCUGCAUGGGGCCGCAGAUCAUGCUGGCAGAAGGGGCGCUGCAACCCCGUCUCGCACGGCCGUAUGAGGACGAGCACAAGAGGGCAGAGUGCCUGCAGAUGAUCCUCAAGUGGACAGGGGCCAAGCUAGAUCAGGGAGAGUACGAGAGAGCCGAUGUUAAUGCCACAGACAACAAGAAAAACACCUCUUUGCACUAUGCUGCUGCCUCAGGGAUGAAAACAUGUGUAGAGUUCUUAGUGAAAAAUGAUGGAGACCUGUUUGCAGAAAAUGAGAAUAAGGACACCCCAUGCGACUGUGCAGAAAAGCAGCACCAUAAAGAACUGGCCCUUAGCCUGGAGUCUCAAAUGGUCUUCUCUAGGGAUCCGGAAGCUGAUGACAUAGAGGCAGAAUAUGCUGCUCUGGACAGGAGAGAGCCAUUCGAGGGCCUGAGGCCUCAGGAUCUCCGCAGACUGAAAGAUAUGCUGAUCGUGGAGACUGCAGACAUGCUCCAGGCUCCUCUCUUCACUGCUGAAGCCCUGCUCCGAGCACAUGACUGGGACAGGGAGAAGUUGCUUGAAGCAUGGAUGUCCAAUGCUGAGCAAUGCUGCCAGCGUUCUGGUGUUCAGAUGCCCACACCUCCCCCGACCGGGUACAACGCCUGGGACACCCUGCCAUCCCCCCGGACCCCCCGCACCACCCGCUCCUCUGUCACCUCACCUGACGAGAUCAGCUUGUCACCCGGGGAUGAGGACAUGCCCAUGUGUGGCAUCUGCAUGUGUAAUAUUACUGUGUUCGAAGACCCAGUGGACAUGGCUUGUGGACACGAGUUUUGCAGAGCAUGCUGGGAAGGGUUUUUGAAUCUUAAGAUCCAGGAAGGAGAAGCUCAUAACAUCUUCUGCCCAGCCUAUGACUGUUUCCAGCUGGUUCCUGUGGACGUCAUAGAGAGUGUGGUCUCCAGAGAGAUGGACAAGCGCUACCUGCAGUUUGACAUUAAGGCUUUUGUAGAAAACAACCCUGCGAUUAGGUGGUGUCCCACAGCAGGCUGUGAAAGAGCAGUUCGGUUAACAAGACAGGGGCCUGGUAUCGCUGGCUCUGACUCGCUCAGCUUCCCUUUACUAAGAGCACCGGCUGUCGACUGUGGAAAGAGCCACCUCUUCUGCUGGGAGUGUCUAGGAGAAGCCCAUGAACCCUGCGAUUGCCAAACCUGGAAGAUGUGGCUACAGAAAGUUUCAGAAAUGAAACCAGAAGAACUAGUCGGCGUGAAUGAGGCUUAUGAAGAUGCGGCCAACUGCUUGUGGUUACUCACCAACUCCAAACCCUGCGCCAACUGCAAAUCUCCAAUUCAGAAGAAUGAGGGCUGCAACCACAUGCAGUGCGCCAAGUGCAAAUAUGACUUCUGCUGGAUCUGCCUGGAGGAGUGGAAGAAACACAGCUCAUCCACUGGAGGGUAUUACCGCUGUACCCGUUACGAGGUUAUCCAGCAGGUCGAAGAGCAGUCCAAGGAGAUGACAGUCGAGGCUGAGAAACAGCACAAGACCUUUCAGGAACUUGACCGUUUUAUGCACUAUUAUACAAGGUACAAGAACCACGAGCACAGUUACCAGUUGGAGCAACGUCUACUAAAAACAGCCAAAGAAAAAAUGGAACAGUUGAGCAGAGCCCUCAGUGGAGCAGAAGGAGGCCCUCCUGAUACAACCUUCAUUGAAGAUGCAGUCUGUGAGCUCUUGAAAACUCGCCGUAUCCUCAAGUGUUCUUAUCCGUACGGAUUCUUUCUUGAACCAAAAAGUACAAAGAAGGAAAUAUUUGAGCUCAUGCAGACUGACUUGGAGAUGGUAACGGAAGACCUUGCUCAGAAAGUAAACCGGCCUUACCUCCGCACCCCUCGCCAUAAAAUAAUCAGAGCAGCAUGCCUUGUUCAGCAAAAAAGACAGGAGUUCCUGGCCUCUGUGGCCCGUGGCGUUGCCCCUAAUGACUCUCCUGAAGCUCCCCGGCGCAACUUUGCUGGAGGGACGUGGGACUGGGAAUACUUAGGUUUUGCAUCACCUGAGAUCCUGAGGAAUCAAUCAGUACUUGGAGGGAAUGAUCAAAGAGAAAACUGUCAAAAUUCAGGAUUCCAGCAGCAGGAAUAUGCUGAGUUUCAGUACCGCAGGAGACACAGACAGCGGCGCCGUGGAGACAUGCACAGUCUGCGCAGCAAUACUCCAGAUCCUGAUGACCCCAGUGAGAGCACUUUAGAUACCCAGGAGGGUGGUAGCAGCUGGAGACACGGUACCUCCAUGGUGAGUUCUGCUUCUAUGAGUAUUCUGCAAAGCUCUUCGCUUCAUGACUAUACCCCUGUCAGUCGCUCUGAAAACCAGGACUCGCUGCAGGCUCUGAGCUCUCUUGAUGAAGAUGAUCCGAAUAUUCGCCUAGCCAUCCAGCUCUCACUACAGGAGUCCGGGCUGGCCACGGGUGGAGAGGCCCAAGAGUUUCUCAACAAUGAACCCUCAUUGGGGGCCAUUGGUUCUUCCCUGCCCUCCCGGCUGGACCCAGCCCCCCGGAGCAUGGAGAUCCCGAGGGCAGCUCUGAGCAGCUCCGAGCUGCUGGAACUGGGUGACAGUCUGAUGAGGCUGGGGGCUGUGAACAACCCCUAUGCUGGGGACCGCUUUGACAACCUGCGCCGUUUCGGGGAGGAUCCUGGGGGGCUCUUCUCCUCCUCCAGCGACACAGACUCCACAAAUCACGAUCCUUCUGUGAAUGCAAACCUCCUGGGGAACAUCAUGGCCUGGUUUCAUGACAUGAACCCUCAGAGCAUAGCACUGAUCCCCUCCAUGCCCUCAGAAACAGACCUGGACUCGCAGCCUCUUAGCACUGCAGAAGAAGUGGAGCCCUUCAAAACAGAGGAGGUGCCCCAGACCCAGGAGGAAGAGCACGUCCUCUUCGAAGCCGCAGCAGUCAGUGAAGGUAGCAUGGCUGUCCAGGUAGAGAGAGGCAUUUUACAGGAGACCACUGGUACACAGGAUCCAGAACCAGAAAGUGAAGACCCCCACUGUAGCGCUGAACUUAGUCUAACAAGCAUGUCGGAAUGUGACCCCAGCUCCAAUCCUCAACCUAGUAGUAGUAGUACUACUGUGCCAGAAUGGGAGGAGCAGGUCCACCUGGUUUGAACAUGCCAGAAAGAGAUGUAACUGACCUGUAAAGUCAUAAACACUUUGAUUGGCUUAUUAGCAGCAGUGGCAGUGGAUUAUUUUCUUUUUCUUUUUUUUUUAAUAGCACUACAGACAGUUUUUCACCUCACUUGUGGGAGGGAAAUGAGAUAACGUGGAAUUGCAGACAUUCUUGUAUAGUAACAGAAAAGGCAUCGUAGCCCUUUGGAUACCAUGAUGAAGUCCUCUAGUAUUUUGUGGGUAAAUAAAAUACAUAAUAGCAAACUAUAAGUCUGAUCAGUUGCAGUGCAUAUACAAAAAAACGGUGUUUGUUUUUUGUUAAAAAAGCACUUCCAUUGAUGACAAAAUUCAAAAGUGUUGGAUUUAAAGAAUGUUGCUCUAGACUAGAUAUUCUCAAACAUGUAUAUAGAUUAGGCUUUUAAAAUAAAAUAACAACCAGUACUUUGUAUAUGAACAGCAUUGCAGCACUCCACUCUUGUCUUUUUUUAAUGCAAGCAUUAUUGAGUGAUGUGAUCAGACAGCUUGAUUAGAAAGUGAACCGCUGGACGGGAGCUGAUGAUGCUUCUUUGCAGUGCCGUAUGUGCAGCAAUGUCUGAAGUACAAUCAAAGAGGUGGGUUGGUCUCGUUUGUACAAAAAACAAGAGCUAUGCCUGUAUUCUACCAAAAGGUGCCAAACUGUAAUUAAUUGAAGCAUAUUUCAGUAGGUUUAUCAAAUGCAAGUUGUGCCUGCAUUGCUACAAACCAAUCAGACAUUUUCCUUAUACCAUUUUAACAAUAUUAAUAGUUACCAGUGACUGUGUUGCACGCUGUACAAGCUCUGCUGUCAGUUAUUUUAGUUCAAAGUUGCUGAUUCAAAUUAAAUAAAAGUAGAGGCACUAUUGAUCAACGAAGACACUUUAUUAGAAGUUCAGUCAGUUUUCUUUCCUAACUUAGCAAAGUAUUUUCGCACUGUGCCAUUGAUAAUUUGAAAACCGAAGCAUGAGCAGCUCUGCAAUAGAAAGCUGUUUUUCGCAGUCCAUUGCCGUGCCUUUUUGUAAAUCCAUUUUAUUUAUUACCACAUUUAAUUAAUAUUUCCUGACGCAUGCAUACAGACUAAACAAAAUCCUGUAAAAAAUGUAUGUAGUGCAUUUGUCAAAAAAAAAAAAAAAGUAUCCAAAUAAACUGACCAAUUUAUUUUUUAUUUUUUUAAGGCUCUCUGUCCUGUUAUUAUUAUUAUUUUUUUAUUAAUACAUUGAAUAUACCAUACAAUUCUUACAUGACUAUAGCCAAAUGCAUCCUGGUCGCUGUUGGUUAACUCUUUUGGAUUUCAUUGAAACAUUGUUUAUGUUUUGUUUAAUUAAAAGAUAAAUGUUGGUUGUUGGGUUGAGGCAUGACAGUUGAAAACGAUAACGUGUAAGUACAUAGCAGCAAGUGCGUAAUUUGCUUUGAUGUUGGAGGUUAAAAUGGUAGAAGAACACUAGAGAUGCAGGACCUGGCUUAAAUGCUGGCUCAUUAUGAAUGAGCAAUUGAAAAUCCCUGAUAUCUUAAUAGCAAAUCAAGCUUUCAGCAUAUUUGGCUGUAAAAUUUAAUUGGAUCUAUUGCUUUCUUUUUACAAUAUUGAAAUUUAAUACAAGAUUUUUUUUCCAAUCUUUUCUCGGUUUUAAUGUUAAAAUCGGUCUUUCCCUAAAUUAGUGUGUGACUGUACUACUAAUUGUAGUUUUUUAAUUAAAACAGUUGCAAAAAAAAAAAAGUGUAUUGCAUUGAAUUAUGUCUUGCAAAGUAAAGCUGUGUAAGAGUUCUGUAUAUGGAGUUAGUGAACUUUGUGGGAGUCGUGUUUUGUAACCAUUGUUUAAGUUGUGGAGUUUAACCAUUGUCUACUUCUGUGUAGCAGUAUUCUGUGCAUGAAAAAAUAGGUCAUAUUAAAUUACAUUUUUAUUUUCUUGUUACAGAAUUUUAAAAUCUGUCAUGGCAAAUGACUUUAAAAAUUGGCAAACCUAUUUUGUAACCCAGUUAAAUUUUAUAUUGUAAAGAGCAACUUAAGCUUGAAAUGCUAUUUGCACUUUCAUAGUCUAUACUUGAUACAUUCCCAGUUUAUAUAUGGAAAUAAGUAAUGUUUGAUGUCUGGCCAAUUAAUGAAAGUAUCGGUUAAGUUUUACUCUUAAUAAAAACUGUGUAAAACUUA